UAAACUCCCAAAAUCAACCCCAAAUCAAACCUAAGACUAAACUCAACACAAAUCAAAUCAACAAUUCAAAGUUAAAAAAAUUCUUGCCCCUUUUCUCUCACCUAAAUCUCAAUUCCCAAACUCUCUCCAAUAAUCACCAAAAUGGCAAAAUUAAAUUUUCCUUCAAAAAAAAAAAUAAAUAAAUAAAAUUCACCUAAAAUAAAAUACUACAAACCAUAAAAAAUUAAAUAACCAAUCCUCCCCUCCUAAAAAAAAAAAAAGAAAAAACGAAAAUGGAACCUCGACGAAACCCCCAAAAUAGAGCAAGAAUCGACCCAAAAAUCCGCCAAGUUGGUUUCACAUUCAAUCCCACUACCCCAACCCUAAACCCUAAUUCUUCCGCCACCGUCUCCGCCGACGACUCCGCCCUUUCUCCGGUUAUGAUCCCUCCUCCGCCGAUCCCCUCCGACACUUCCGCCGCCUCCGCCGCCUCCGCCGCCGCCGCCUCCACUUCUCUCCCUGUUCCUGUCCCCGCCCACUCCGCCGCCACUGCCGCCGCCACUGUCUCCGCCGCUCACCGUGUUUACGACGAUUCUCACUCCUACCUCGCCGCUUCUUCGCCUGAGUCAUCUCAGCCUGAUUUUUCCGACGACUGGGUUCGAAGUAGUUCUGGAAAGUACAGUCUUGGUUUUGAUAUGUCUGGUGUUAAUUCUCCUGUUGCUGAUCAACAAUCUGCUCAUGAUGCUGAUUUGACUGUUAUUCAUCAUGAGAAGGGAGGAAAUAUAUCAGAAGUACAAGUGUCUCACCAUGAAGACAAAAAGGUGACCUCCAAACCGUUGAAGGAUAAAACUAGCAAAGCUGAAAGGCGCGCUUUACAGGAGGCUCAGAGAGCUGCAAAAUCUACUAAAAAAGCUGCGGCUUCUGGAGUCGCACCUCCUGUCACUGAAAAGCCAACCAAAGCAUCUAAGCAGUAUCCACAGAAAAAAGAUGUUCCUUUGGCAACAUCCUCAGUGUCAGUACCUGAAAUGAAAGGAGGUGAUCGGCCAUCGGAGAAAGACAAGAAGAAGGAUGUUUACCAUCCUCGGAUGCAGUAUGAUGACAAGAGCAGAGUGGAAAAGGCUAAAAAGCGCUCUGUUAUUGACAAACCUGAAGCUAGAAACAGAGUGGAGUUGUUUCAGCAUUUGCCUCAGUAUGAACGUGGAAAUCAGCUCCGUGACCUCGAGUCAAAAAUUUUCAAUCUUGAUUCAGUUCAUCCUGCUGUGUACAAGGUGGGUUUGCAAUAUUUGUCGGGCGAUGUAUCUGGAAGUAAUGCACGAUGUAUUGCAAUGCUCUAUGCUUUUAAAGAAGCCAUUGAAGACUACCAUACCCCUGUAGACAAAAUUCUAACCAGAGAUCUAGCGACAAGGAUCAGUAGCUACGUGUCAUUUUUAAAUGAAUGCCGCCCCCUCUCUAUCAGUAUGGGUAAUGCAAUAAGAUACGUAAAGGCCCGCAUUGCAAAGUUGCCUUCAAAUCUUACUGAGACGGAUACAAAAGCUACAUUAUCUUCUGAUAUAUAUCGUUUUAUUAAUGAAAAAAUCGUAAUAGCAGACAAAGUAAUUGUGCAACAGGCUGUCACAAAAGUUAGGGACGGUGAUGUUCUUCUUACUUAUGGUUGCUCUAGUGUUGUUGAAAUGGUAUUGGUAUAUGCCCAUGAGCUUGGGAAAAAGUUCCGUGUUGUGAUAGUUGAUUCACGACCAAAGUUUGAAGGUCAAAGAUUGCUUCGAAGACUAAUUGCAAAAGGGUUGAGCUGUACAUACACGCAUAUUAAUGCAGUUUCUUAUGUCAUGCAUGAAGUCACAAAAGUUUUCUUAGGUGCUGCUUCCAUAUUGUCUAAUGGAAUAGUUUAUUCAAGAAUUGGAACUGCAUGUGUUUCUAUGGUUGCUCAUUCAUUCCGUGUUCCUGUACUUAUUUGCUGUGAAGCCUACAAGUUUCAUGAGAGAGUCCUACUUGAUUCCAUAUGUACUAAUGAACUUGGUGAUCCUGACGUUAUAGCUAAGGUAUCCGGUAGAAAGGAUCUAAAUUAUUUGGACGAUUGGGUGAAUAAGAAAAAUUUGCAGCUCCUAAAUUUAUUAUAUGAUGCUACUCCCUCAGAUUACAUAUCGUUGAUUGUUACUGACUAUGGCAUGAUUCCACCUACGAGCGUGCCAGUAAUUGUGCGUGAAUAUGGGAAAGAACACCUAUUUUAAUGUGCAGAUAUUGUGUUUAAAUACUUGUUGAUAACAAGGCUAACUACUGUAAAGGUGUUAGGUUUGAAUCUCAUAUUUAAUGUCAUAAAUUUGAUCCCAGUAUACAAGUGAAGGCUCAUUUCAUGUUACUAAUGAACUGCACCAAGCAGUUUUGAUCCAGCAUUCUUUGACAGGAAUCGUUGUCUAUGUAUUAUUUUGAACAUUGUUUAGAAUGAUUUAGCCAACUAGAAUAAUUAAUCACAAUUCAGUAUGAUGAUUUUUUUUUUUUUUUUUUUUUUUUUUAAAGUUUUACACUUAUAGUAGGUGUGAUAUAAGGUGUAAGUCAUAUAUAUACGGAGUAGCUUAAUCUCUUUUCAA